UCUCUCUAAAAAAAAAGAACCAUCCCCUGCUCUCGUACGAUCCCCACCGCCUCCUGAGUCCUCAUCCUCGUUUGCCAUUUCUUCCGAUUUGCCGCCGGCGAAGGAAGAUGUCACUGUUGGCCAUCAGGAAAUUAAUACCUAGGUUAUCCCAGAUCUACAUGUCGUUUCUUUUCUCUGAGUUUUGCUUCCAUGGGGUGGUGGCGCAUGUGGCUGGGUGAGUGCACGGAUCGCGGCAACCUCGUUGAGUCUGGAGACAUGGCCACGGAGAUUGCCAAGGAGAAUUUGGGUUGUGCUGCUCAUACUUGCCAUCGCCGGGUGCUUUGGAUGUUGGUGGUGCGGAGGUAGCGAGGGAGCUCACGGAGCAGGGAUGUGAGGCAGCUUCUGCGGGCGGCUUUUGUUGUCCUGUUCAUUGUUGGUGUUGUCUGGAGUCCUAUCAAAUGGCAGUACAUUUAUGGUUUCUGUACACCUUUUUUCUUUCUGGAUUCGGCAACCUUUUGUGCCCAACCAAUAUUGCUGUAUAAUGGUAUAUUAUGUCUUCCAGCUCAUCCAUGGCUCUCCACUAUAAAGUGUUAUGUUCUUUUAUUUGUUGUUACCAUGUCCUAGCAAGAAGGCCUUAAUUUGGUUCAUAUCUGUUAAUUGACAUGCAAUGGUUUGGUUUUUAUAUGUGUUGGUGGUGUAGAUGAUAUUGAAGAUCUAUUAAUGGUUUUAUUAAACUGAAAAGGCUGUAUAAGGUAUAGGUGUUUAUUACCUAGGACAAUAGCUGUCAAAAUUGCAUGUCUUCCAAAAAUUACAAUAUGAAGUGCUUUUGAUAGUGUUAACAUUUGCACUGUUAUUAUCUAAUAAGUAUCCUUCUUAUCCUGGUCAAUGUCAAGUACUCUUCCUAAAUCUUUGUGUGUACAUUAGUCUGCCUUACUAUUUAAUUAAUAAGCAACUUAUACAUUAAUUUAUGGAUUGUUUCUUUGUUUUCCUAGGCUGUAAUUAUCCAUCAUUAUUCUGUGACUGUAAAAUGAAAUGCAUUUAAAAAUAAUACAUGCGUAAAAAUCUAAAAGUGCGUAUGGUGGAAAAAUCAAUCUCCCUUUUAGCUGGCAUGUCUUGCUUCUUCGUUUCUUGUUCCAACAUGGUGUCCACUUUGUCAUCUAUCAACUGCUUGGCAUACUGCAAGAUAAUCAGCGAGGAAAAACAGAAAAGAUAAUAGCUAUUUAUUUUAAUGAAUUAAAUGCACCUUUACCUCCUUGUCUUUAUUGUUCAAGUACAACAUCUCAAGCCAGGCAUAAAUGUUUCGUUAGAUGACAGACAUCUAGCAUCUGAGUCUUCAUCGUUAAGCAAUGUAUGUAUGAUUUUUACUUCAAUGUGUUAUCAGUAGAUCAGAAUAGAUAGUGUUUCAUACUUGUGAAGAAGUUAUUGAAUUUUGGUUAUGUCUAGAUCCGUACGUAUUCUUGUGUUACCUCUUGACUUUAGGCACAAACCCAUCAACAAUUAAUCUGUUACAUAUUUUAGUUUUUGAAAUUAUUGGACUUACCAUUCAAUGUUUGCACCAUUGUUUAGGUCACCGUAAGACGGUCUGGUUUUGGAUUACAUAUUCAUUCAAAUAAUAAGUAAAAAUUCCCAUAUCAUAACUUUGGUUUCAGCCCAAAAUGUUAAGCCUAAAAAUUUGAUGCCGACCACAAUGGAAGAAGUAUAAUUAAAAUUUAAGACAUUGGUAUACACCGCGCACUUACUAUGGUAUUAGAAAUUCAAUAUUACGGUUACAUAUCGUUUUUAUUUAUUUAUUGUUCCACAUGCUUCAUUUGGUUAAGUAGUCCGAUGACAUCUGUCAUUUUGGUGAUUAAUAACCCAUAGUUAGAAUGUUAUGGCCGGCCGGCUUAGGCCCGCAAGUUAUCUUAGUUUUUAUUUUCAGAUUAGGCAAGUUAUCUUAGGCAAGUUAUCUUAGGUUGAUUCUUCUACAAGUUAUCUAGGAUAUAAAUAUAGGUUGUAAGACUCUUUUUGAAGGCAAGCAAUAAGAAGAAUAUUAUCUCCUAUUACCCGGCUCCCUGAGGAGCCGGAACCCUAGCCGCCAACAGCCCUAGCCGCCGCCCUUCUCCUAGCCGCGACGGCGCCCUGCCGCCGGCGCGCCCGAUCCUCGCCACGUCUCCCUCCAUCCUUCCCUUACCACCUACGCCCUAGACCUGGUAGAGUACUUGAUCCUACCAAUUUGGUAUCAGGUAACCGGGUUUCGACCAUGUCUCCGCCAAUUCCACCGCCACCACCACCGCUGCCCGCCAACUCCUCCACCACCGCCGCCUCUGCGCCGGGCGUCACGGCCUCGCUCUCGGCGGGCACCACUGCGUCGCUCUCAGCGCCGGUCCUAACGGCACCCGGCACCACGCCGGGCCAAGGGCAGCCACAGGCCCCCGUCCAACACUCGUCGCCGCCAUCACCUCCCCCGCAGCCGCAACAGUUCACGCCGGAGGCCAUGGCGGGCGUCCUCAACGACCUCGUCACCGCGGUUCAAGGGAUCCGCCUCUACCUGGCAGGUCCGUACGGGCCGCCCCCACCACUCCAUCCAGCCAUGGCCGCGGGUCAGCAGGCGCUUCCGUGGUACUCGGCAUCGGGGGCCAUCACCGGACUCCAUCCAGCCAUGGCCGCGGGUCAGCAGGCGCUUCCGUGGUACUCGGCACCGGGGGCCGUCACCGGAGGCUACCCGGCGCUCCCCGCCCCAGCGGCCGCACGGCCGCCUUGGGCGCAGUGGCUGCCGCAGAUCGCGCCGGCAGCCCCGCCACUUCUCGCCACCACGGGGCCGCAGUGGCCCACCUGGACCGCGCCGGCCGCGCCGUCCUCUGUCACGCCCUACCUUCCAGCGGCCUCGGAGCAGGGUCCUCCACCGGCCCCGCCCAGCCCUAACCUGGGCACCGGCGCCUCGGAGCAGGGCCAGACCCAGCAGCUUCUUCCGGCGUCACCGCCGGCCCCCACGCCGCAGGCGCCGGUGCAGCUCCACCAGGCGCCGCCGCCAUCGACAGUACCACCACCCGCGCCUAGGGCUACGGGUCGGCCCCUGCACCAGGUGCAGUUUCCACCGUCACCAUCGCCGAUCCCCGCUUGGGCGACCGGCUCGUCUUCGGGGCCGGUCUACUCCACGGCGCCGGAACACCCGACGUCCUCCCUGCGGUUUGAUCACCCCUCCAGCUCGGCGAACUACGCCCCGGCGCUUCCCGACCCAGCAUACGCGCCAGCGGCAACUACGGCCGCCCCCGGGCACGGCGGGCCGACACCCCCUCGCUUCGCCAAACUGGACUUCGCCACCUACAAGGGCACGGAGGACCCCCUCAACUGGCUCAACCAGUGCGAGCAGUUCUUUCGAGGGCAGCGGACGCUCGCUUCGGAUCGCACCUGGCUCGCGUCCUAUCAUCUUCGAGGCGCAGCGCAGACCUGGUACUACGCCCUCGAGCAGGACGAGGGCGGCAUGCCACCAUGGGAGCGCUUCCGGGAACUCUGUCUCCUCCGGUUCGGGCCUCCUAUCCGCGGGAGCCGACUGGCGGCCCUCGGCCGCUUACCCUUCACAUCCACGGUGCAGGACUACGCCGACCGCUUCCAGGCCCUGGCGUGCCACGCGCCGGGCGUCUCCGCAACUCAGCGCGCCGAGUUAUUUGUGGGCGGUCUACCGGACCAUAUCCGCGUGGACGUGGAGCUUCGGGGACCCCAGGAUCUCCAGUCGGCCAUGUAUUACGCCCGCGCAUUCGAGCGCCGCGCGGUGGCCAUCCAGCAGGAAUCACCGUCCCAGACUGCUGGGUCGCUACCCGGACCGGAUUCCGCGCAGGGUCUUCCUGUGCAGGCUUCUGCGGCACCCCUCGUCGCGACCGCGGGGCGCCCGUUCCGCCGGCUCACUCCAGCUGAGAUACUCGAGCGUCGCCGCCAAGGGUUGUGCUUCAACUGCGACGAACCCUACAAGCCCGGCCACGCCUGCCCGCGACUCUUCUACCUAGAGGUGGCAGACUACAUUCCGGAGGACGCCGUCGCCGCCGACCUGGCCGCCCCAGAUGUCGAGAAGGUGUUUGACGCUGGUUGAUUACCUCGAAGAGUUCAAGCAAGCGCUUCCCCACCUUACAGCUCGAGGACGAGCUGUUUGUGCAGGCGGGGAGAAGUGUUAUGGCCGGCCGGCUUAGGCCCGCAAGUUAUCUUAGUUUUUAUUUUCAGAUUAGGCAAGUUAUCUUAGGCAAGUUAUCUUAGGUUGAUUCUUCUACAAGUUAUCUAGGAUAUAAAUAUAGGUUGUAAGACUCUUUUUGAAGGCAAGCAAUAAGAAGAAUAUUAUCUCCUAUUGCCCGGCUCCCUGAGGAGCCGGAACCCUAGCCGCCAACAGCCCUAGCCGCCGCCCUUCUCCUAGCCGCGACGGCGCCCUGCCGCCGGCGCGCCCGAUCCUCGCCACGUCUCCCUCCAUCCUUCCCUUACCAUCUACGCCCUAGACCUGGUAGAGUACUUGAUCCUACCAUAGAAUGAUUGAUUAAACAGAAAUCUGAUUUUUAACUGUAACAUACCUGAGCAUUGCUUACCUUUAUAUGCUUCUUGUUGUAGUAUGUCCUUGGUAUGAGACUCAAAGUAGUAAUUUUGCAAAACUUCCAAUAAUCCUACUUUUGUCAUUUUUUGAUUAAUUACCACAUAGUUAGAAUGAUGGAUUAGCCAAAAAUCUGAUUUACAACUAUGACAUACCUGAGCCUUGUCUAUCUUUUUAUGCUUGUUAUUGUAGUAUGUCCUUGGUAGCAAACUCUAGUAAUUAGGAAAAUCUUCCGAUGAUACUUUUGAUCCUUUCACCUCCUUUCUCUUAGUAUUGUAUGCAAAAAUUAAUCUAAUGCCAUUGUUCAAUGGGUCAUAUUUUGUGCCUUCCACAACCUUAAUAUUGUUAAAUGGAUAAAUAAAUUUCUCAAUUAUCCUUUGAUCUAUAAGUAUCUAUCCGAUUUUUACCUAUGGUAGCAUGAGUUGUUUGGUCCUCUAUCAAAAUAACUAAAAUAUAUACUUAUCAUCUAUUGUUUGAACCAUAGAAUAGUCUGCAUUUAAAAUUGUAUAGAAUAAACCAGCUCAUCUGUGAAGAUCACAUCAAGCUUCACUUAUCGAUUGUUUUUGGAACAAUAGAACAGUCUGCAAUUAAAUAUGUAUAGCAUAAACCUGUUCAUCCAUCAAGAUCACAUCAAGGCUCAUAAGUUCAUCGGUUGUAGGAUUGAUUAUAUCCCAUGUUCUUGUUACUUUCACUUAAAAAUCCCAGUUUUGGUCUCUUAUUGAAGCCUCUCAGCUUCUUGUAUUCCCAAGCGUUUUCACUUGCAAAGGAUUAAAACGCACCGCUUCAAAAGGAUUGAAAAAGUAGUUGUCAAUUGAUAAUGUGCAUAUGAAGAUUGUAGCUGACAAAAGUGAGUUCAUAGUAAUAAUAAUUACUAACCAUGUUGAUUCAGGUGAGAAGGAAACUCAGACGGUUGGGUGUGACUCACGUAGAAAUCGAGUUGCAUGCCACUUCAUAAUUUGGGCUGCCUUAGAUAUUUGCGGAGCGCCAAGUCCAAACAUCUCGCGUCACCGAGUCUGUUGGCUUCAACUGUCCUCGUGGUGGCAUCGUCGAGUCACGGCAUCCUAGAGUUGGUUGGCUUCAAUUUUCCUGGUCGUGUCGCUGAGUCGUGAGUUGCUGGGCGUCUUAGAUUUCCAGACUGAAGAUGGGCGUGUUUGGCUGCUGGGUGUGGUCGGCCGUGUAUUUUUUUGGAUGAGUUCUGGCUGUGUCCUUAUGGAGUCCUUGUAUGUUUAUAUUUCCAUAAACGCUAUGUGUGAAUAGUCUGGUGGAUGCGGCCAGCCAUGUAUUUUUGGGGGCGUGUCUGUAUGCACUCCUUUUGGCUGACCAAGUUACUAAUGUGUCCUUCCGAGUUCCGAUUAGGACUUGUACGUGACAAUAGUUGGGUAUGUAACCUCCACUGUCCAUAUCUAAUAUAUUAGUUGUAGAGAUAAUUUAAUCUUUAA